AUGUCCGACCUGGGCCGGCUGCUUCAAAUCCUGGGUAGCAUCCAGGGCAUCGACGAGAUAUACCAUCUUGCAGCGCAAUCUCAUGUUGGCGUGUCGUUUGAGACGCCGCUAUCGACGAGUGAUACCAAUGCACUCGGGACUCUUCGAUUGCUUGAAGCCAUGAGGGUUCUCAAUCUGGGCAAGACCGCCCGAUUCUAUAAUGCCGGUAUUUCCGAGCUGUACGGAUCCGACAUGCCCGCUCCACAGACGGAAGAGACACCCUUUUACCCCAUUUCGCCCUAUGCUACCGCCAAACAAUUCCAGUAUUGGACUACGGUCAAUUUCCGGGAAACUUAUGGAUUUCACGCCUCGAAUGGGAUUCUCUUCAACCAUGAAUCUCCCAGGCGGGGCACCACAUUUGUUACCCGAAAAAUCACCUCUCAAGUUGCACUGAUUGCGUGUGGGCUAUCAGAGGGCUUCGAGCUAGGCAACCUCAAUGCCGUCCGCGACUGGGGCCAUGCCAAAGACUACAUGCACGGAGCGCAUCUCAUUCUCCAACAGCCCAAAGGUGGAGACUACGUUCUCGCUUCCGGCAAGGCAUAUAGCGUGAGGCAGUUCGUCGAAGCCGCUUUCCGGGUCAUCGGAAUCAAGAUCGUAUGGUCCGGUACGGGCCUCGACGAAGUCGGCACCGACUCCGCCACUUCCACGGUCCGUGUUCGAGUGAACCCCGAGUAUUACCGAACUCUGGAAAACGAGACCCUUCUUGGAUCGGCGGCAAAGGCCCAAAGGGUUCUUGGCUGGCAGCCCAAGUAUACUUUGGAUGCCCUGGUGGAAGAGAUGGUUCUUUCGGACAUCAGGGCCGUCAAAGCUGGCAGAAUAUUUGCACACACAUACUUGGAUUUAGACUGGCUGAUGGAUGAGAGCGGGGAUACAUCUGAGCGCAUUGAGAAGACGCCUGAGCGCAUUGAGAAGACGCCUGAGCGCAUUGAGAAGACGCCUGAGCGCAUUGAGAAGACGCCUGGUCGUGUUGAAAAUGCACCCGAGCGCAUUGAAGACGCACCUGGAGCCCCAGUCCGUGGUAUCGAAGUGAAUGCCCAUGAGACCCCCGUGGCUGCAUAA